ACCGUUUUGUCACAAAGACAUAUAGUUCCUCCUCCCUUCAGUAAUUCUGCGCAGCCGCAUGGUAGAAUAAGUUAGGCUGAAUUCUCCGUCUCGUUGCUUCUAAGAUUUCACCAAGUCGUCGUCAUCUUCGUCGCGUUUCCGCAAGCAAUCAUGGUUCUCCAAAACGACAUCGAUCUGCUCAGUCCUCCUGCUGAGCUCGAGAAGAGAAAGCACAAGCUCAAGCGUCUCGUGCAAUCUCCUAACUCCUUCUUCAUGGACGUUAAGUGCCAAGGAUGCUUCAACAUAACCACUGUGUUCAGCCAUUCUCAAACAGUUGUAGUGUGUGGAAACUGUCAGACAGUUCUGUGCCAGCCCACCGGUGGUAAAGCGAGGCUCACAGAGGGAUGCUCUUUCAGGAAGAAGUGAGGGUAAGAUUCCAUCAAAUCAUCAUCUUUCCACAGAUUUUGCUGCGAGAGAAAUGAGAUCUUCAUUCAGUUUGAUUUUCUUGUUUAGUAAUUAGUAUAAUGUCAAUUACGUUUGUUUUUCUUUGCUUAUGAGAAAGAUUUUGAAGGAACGAAACUAUUGCAUCAGUUGUCUUGUUUCUUGUUCAUGUUUGCAUAUAAAUUGUUGUCAUUCGCUGAAUAGAAGGAAAAUUACUACUC